GUUUUCAAACAACCAAGAUGUCUGCAGACGAAGACACUGAGCUUCGAGACCUCGUAGCUCAAACGUUAGAAACUAACGGCGUUCUCGGUAAAAUAAGGGCACAACUGCGAGCCAGUGUAUUUUUGGCAUUGGAAGAUCAGGAAUCUGUACAGAAUAAAACACCUUUUUCUAAUCCUGAUUUGAAGAAGUACUUGAAAACCACCGAAGGUAGAACAGCAGCAGCUCUUGUGAGAGAAUUUUUGGAGUUUUUCAACUUAGAAUUCACAUUAGCGGUUUUUGAUCCUGAGGCAGGGAUUGGUCCAGCUAAUGAGAGUCGAGCCAGUUUAGCCAGGGAGUUGAAUCUGGUUGACAGUGAUGGUCCACCACGAGGGCCUUUGUUUACAGAGGUUGUAAGGCAGGCCCAAGGAGGUCAGGGAAGUCAGAAAGCCAGGACAAAGUCAGCUACAGAGGAGGGGGAUACAGGGGAAGGUGAUACAAACAUACCCAAGGAAUUAACAAAGAAACAGUUAGUAGAUGCACAGAGUAAAUUUGAUUACUAUGACAAGGAUAGAAAUGGAGAGAUUGAUAAAGAUGAACUAAGAGAACUGUUCAUGGAUAUGUUUCCAAAUUUUAAUAGGAACAUGCUGGAUCGGUAUGUCAACGACGAGUUACGUGCGGCAGAUCGUGACUUCAGCAGCAGGUACCUGUCACUCAUGCCAAAAGGUAUCAAUUUUGAUGAGUUUGAGGAGAUGUACAAACGCCUGUUCAUCUUGUGUAGAACAGUGGUUGCUGGUGAUGUAGCAGAUAUUGUUCCACAGCCGCGGGCACGCUCACCUCACAGUAGGGGAAGUUUAUCUGAAGGGAAAAGUUUUGUGGAUUCAAAAAACCAAAAGAAUUUGUUAAGUGGUAGGAGCGAUGACUUACGAAACGGUCCAAACAAGCACUCCGUUGAAGCAGAUUUGAUGGGGGGUAGUGAUAUUGAAGAGGAUCCAUUUUUCGAUGAUCCGAUGCAGGGUUCCGCUGGUUUAAAGAUGUAUGGGGGUAUUAAGGAUGAGCCACAACCUCAGAGGCAGGAGUUGAAGCCACGGCCGUCCCAAAUCCCCGUGUACUCGUCACUCAGGAGUGAUGAACGAGGUAAAUCUUUGAACGGAAGCUCACUGAGGUCUCCGCCUCCCAACCAGACGAGCCCUGGAGGGGGUCUAUCCUCACUACAGGGUCUUCCCAUGCUGAACCAACAGAAACCACGCAAACAACAGCAACAUGACGGUGAUGACAGUCUAAGAAAUAUGGAUCGAGACUUAGCUGGCCUGGGUAUUGAUGGUGAUGGCGACUUUGACUAUGACGAUGAUGAUUUUGUGAGUGAAGGACACAGUGUGAGUACAAAGAGUCCGCGAACAGUCAGCAAGUCGGAACAAAAAUCAGUGAACGAGAAUGGCAGCAUAGCAGAGGAGAUUGAGGAGGAUAUCGAUGAAAACUCUAUUGAUGGUGAUGACUUACUCCGGAGUGAAAGGAGUGGGUUUGAUGACCUAACAACAGACAGAACAAUAUCCCAGCACGAUGGCUUUGAUUAUAUAGAGGAUGUCCAGUCCCCCUGAAUGCUCGAAAGACACACAGAAUCGUGGCUUAAUCGUGUCCAUAUAUCGACAUCUCCCGCGAAAAAACAUACAUUGCCAAAACGGAGAUGGCGAUACUACUUUGUUCAGGAUUCUAUAGAAUAGAGAAUAGACUAGCCAUACUAAAACAUUUAUAUGCAAUAUACUUCUUCUAGUCUUGUAGCAACAGGCUAGGGUUAUGUGUGCACCAUUCAGGGGGAGGGAAAGGUUAAGAUACACUGAUAUCAUAUACAACCUACUCCAUACCAGUCAAGUGCUGCCAGUUUGUUACCAAGGUACUGGCACUUUGUGAGCUCAUCGUUCACAUUACAUCAGCUAGAAUAUGAUAAUUGAAGGACAUAUUUUAACAUCUUGUUAUACGGCCACCAUGCCUUUAGGAAAAUACAAUUGUAUUAAAAAUUCUUGCGUACUGCCAAUAUGCAGCCUGGAAAAUGUUUAAAUAUUAAAGAUUAGUUUGGAAAUGUAACUAUUUACGGACACUUGACACACAGCAGAACCUUGUUAUACUGCCACCAUGCAUCCUGAAAAAUGUUAGCGUUAUAUAAAGAAGUGUGUAAAAACUGGUAGGUUAACUUAUUCACCCCUGAAGACACAUUUGAACUCUUCCAAUUCAAAGGCUGGACUAGUUCAUUAUGAAAUUUCAGGGGUGAGUUUGUUAAAGGAUGAAACUUUGAAGCAAAAUGGUGUAGUUGGUUUAGUGUACAUUUUAUAGGAAACUGACACCAGCUGUAAAAUGAAAGAUUUAUUAAACCAAAGCCACUUUGAAAUUUCUUUUGAGAAUAUGGUUGUUAAGUUGAAGAAUUGGUUAUUUGACGGAAUUUUCAGGCUUGUAGAAUUGUAUCUUUUGACUUGAAACUAAGUAAUGCUGGUGAAUCGGUAAUAGGUAUAAUAAGUACAACAGUAUAAAAACUGUCUUGUAAUCAAAUCCUAAAUUAGCAACUUGGUAAAACCUUGGCAUAUGUAUUACGUGCACAGAAAAUACAGCAUAAGCUUUAUAUAUACAACAGAACAAUUGUAAAUAUUGGCUCAAAAAUAUAUCCAUUUUUAUCAGACUCACAAUUCAUACUAGCUACCUUUCCUACUACUGCUCAUCAUACAAUUAUGAAAUUCUCACCAAAAAAUCUGUUUUCUCAUAGUUAGUUUUGUUUUUCCAUCAACAUCAUUAUCAUUGUAUAAAUUAAAGGCCAGCUCUCUCUUAGCUGGCUCUUGAGGUAUAGAGAUGACUUUACUUGCUUGUAGGUUGGGGAAGUGUUAUACUUACUGUAUUGUAUUUAAAAAGCAUGCUUAAAAAAAAGUUUCCAAAGUUUCUCUUGUGGUUAGAAUUGUUUUAAGAUAUAGCAUAUCCUAUGUUUUAUAAAUUUGCUUAGAAAAAACCCACAAAAAAACCCAUUAAAUAAAUGUUGACACUUUAACAUUUCAAAUUACGGGUACAUCAUUUUCAAUCUCAUUCAUGCAUGUCUAGAGUAGCAUGAGUGACUCAUUAUUUAUUAACUUCUUGAACUCAUUCACCCCUUAAGACACAUUUGAACUCUUCCAAUUCAAAGGUUGGAAUCGUUCAUUAUGAAAUUUCAGGGGUGAAUGAGUUAAUGGGACUUCAAGACAGAUCCAUUAACACGGAAAACUGCCAUUGUCUUAAAUCUACUUCCAAAUAAAGUGUAUUCAAUCUAAGUCACAUGUACUAUCCUUGGUGACUUCAGUGCAUGUAAAUAUUUGAUAGAGGUACAAUUUGUGGUUAAGAAUAUACAAAUGUACCCUCGGUAAUUAUGUCAUGAUAAACAGUUCAAGCACUGCUCUAACUAACCCUGUUGUUUAAAAGUAAGUCUUUUGAUGAUAAUUAGGGAUGGUCUUAAAAAUCUAAAGGUUUCCAACAAAUUUUGAAACUACAAAUUCAAAAUGUUUUUGCCGUAACCUACAGAUACAUAGCAUUUUUGUUUUUAAAUUUGAUCUCAAUAUGUAUUGAUAUAUUGUACGCCUAACAUAAUAAGUAGGAUUUGAAGUCUCUCUCAUGCUUGUUGACUUAAUGUACUGUAUCACUGCUUGAAAAAUUCAUCUUCAUUUGAACGCAGCAAUGACUUUUCUCCACAAUAAACAGAAAAUGUACAUCAGCGCUAUAUGUCUCAAUAUAUAACCUAUGCACUUUGUUUUUUCCUAAGCAACGAACUUUAUGUUGUGAUUUGUGUUUUUGACAUGUAGAAUUUGUUCCAAUAUGAAUUGUUUUGGAGGUGGGAGAGCAAUUUUACGAACUGUUGAAAAAUCAAUAUUAGCUGUGUAUUUCAUAACUUUUCAAGCUGAGAAAGGUUACUUUCCUCUGUUUGAAUAUCAUUUUCAAAUUUUGCUUUUCUAAAAUGCUGAGAGUUUCGCUUAUAUUUUGUACUCCCUAGUAAGUAGACAUGGUGAUUUUUGAUAAACAUGGCUGAAACACAUCUCCAAUAUUUCAAAUCUUUCAUCUCAAACCGAUACAUGAAUGGCAUUUCACUCUAAUUCACAUAAAGCAUCAAUUAUGUCACAAACUAUAACAUUUUGUAUCUGUAUAUCAAGCAAAAUAUAAGUACAGAUAGUGAAAUAUAAGUAAUCUUCAGUAAAUUCCUUAUUGCUUCUUGUGUUAAUAUGUUAAAAUGUAUUUGCAAAUACAAAACUCAAGAUUUGACUUGGGUUUACAUUGACGGCCAUAUUCACCCCUUUUUUCAUCUUCACUCCAAUGAAAACUGAAAUUACCUUUAUCGCAUGCUCUAAAUUUUGAAUCAUGAAAUUUCGUCUGUAACUGUCAAAUGCAGCAACCAAUUUUUGUCUGUCCUUGCCAAACAUGUGCAGUUCAAUUCUGUGUGCCAGUUAAUUGUUUAUCUGUAUCCAUCAAAACACUAGACCAGAUCGAGCUUCAAUAGCUUCGACACACCAAGGUAUAUAUUACAAUGAUCUGAUAUUUUACCCAAAAACAAAAUAUACCUGUCCUGGAGUUCAAAAUAAUCAUCCCGAGAUCAUACACAAAAAUAUUCAUAUUUAUGCAAGUUAUUUUCAAAGUUAUAAAUUUGAAAAAUUCACAAUUGUUUCAAAGGCUUGUGAAGUUUGAUCCUGGUGAAUAGAUCAUUUGUCUGUUUUCUGUUUCCCGUUUUCUGACCACAUUUUAUCUUUUGUGUUACACUAGUGUGUACGAGUGUAGAGUGUGUAUGUUUCACUCACUGUCCAGAUGUGCUCUUGUUAAUUUUAUUUAUUGUAUUGGUUGUGUGCUCAUAUUUGUGAACAUGACAUUUGAAUAUAUCAUGUACAGCUUCUCAUGGAAACGAUGUUAUAUGAAGACAUAGGAAAACUUGUGCAUGUUUUCUCAUGGUAUGUUUUCUCAAGGUAUUGAUGUUUAAAGUUGAUGACACUCAUUUAGUAUUUACAUAUACAUGUACAUAUGUUUUAUUUAAGUUAGUAUGCAAUCUCAGUAGGCUGUCUAUUUCUUUUCAUACUUCAAAUAAAGACAUUAAUACAUUUUACAGAUAGCCGAUUCCUGUAUCCAAACUAGGUCCUAAUGAUCCGUCCAUGGAAACAAUGGUGCUCGUUAUUUGAGCUUUUGUUUAUCCACCAACACUAGUUGUUCAAUGGUCUACCCAGUAUUUUAGAAACAUAUCCAUCUUAAUCUGAUAAAGAGUUGUACCAGUGGUUUGUAGGAAAAGACGGAACAUUAGUUGUGAAGACUACUUUUAUUUUGAAUCUCAGGAGGCUCUACAAACUAGAAUUCUGUUGUAAAAUUAAUCCAAUUGAUUGUUAUACAUAAUGCAAUGUGUACACUUUGGGGGGGACUUGGCUAAGUUGGAAGUUUUUCAUUUGUAACACAUCACCCUGAUGAUAGGGAGAUAUGCAGGCUAAAAAAUCAAAUUCUGGGGUAUGGUUCUAUUGUUCUGAUAAAAAGUAGUCGAAAUCAAUUUUCAGAAUGACAGAAGAUUGUCAUAAAAUGAGUAUGUUCCCUAUUCCUGGAUUGACCCAUGUACUGUUUUGUAAGUUGGCCUGUAUUUUCAGAUACAUGAUUGAAUCCAUCAAACUUUAUGAAGUUGUGUAUAUGUACCUGGUACCUGGUGUGUGUAGAUUCAUUUUUCAAAGUCAAUUAUGUUUAAAUUGAGAUUUUACGAGCAGUUUUGUUGUAUGGUAUACCGCAAUUGAUAUCUUGCAUCUCCUUUAUCCUUUUGUCUUGGUAGGCCUGAACGUUUAUUUCAAAAGUGAGAAAGGAAUUGCAUUUGUAUUAACACUUAACAUUCAUCACAAACAUCAUUAAUUCCAAAUUACUUUUGUUCAUUGUCUUUUUUUCCUUAUUACAUAACACAUAUUUAUUGUUAUGUAAUAUGUAUACACAGAUAUAUAUAUAUAAACAUGUAUUUU